UCCCCCCUACUACCUAUUUUCUCAAAAUUUCUCCCCCUUUUCUUUCCUUCUCUCACUAAAACCCAACACAAAACAAGAAAAGGGUUUUAGCUUUUCCCUUUCUUUGCUUCUGCAUGGAUUCUGUAAGGCUUCGAUUGGUAUUCAAUGAUCAUAAAACUAUACUUGACAACUCUCAGAAAACCCUCGGUCUUAAACGAUGUUGGUCACUUCUUAAACCAGAAUUUGAAACCAUUUCUGACUUCGAGUCUCAUCUGAUCCAUACUUUCCAACUACACAAAACUUGCCCUAAUGGCCUUCUCCUCUCUAUGGAUGGAUUUGUUUUGCCCCAUUUUGAAUCAACCAACAUUCUUAAAGAUAAAGAUAUUAUCAGAGUCAAGAAGAAAGUGCGGGAAGAUGUUUUUAGGAUACUUGAUGAUCAGGAGGAAGUUUAUGAAGUUCUAGGAGACCAGAAUGUACUUUCAGGGGUUAAACUUUUAGCUCUUGAUGAGAUUGAAAAGGAAAAUAGGGGUUACAAAAGUGAAGAAGAAGACUCUAAAUGUGAUAGCCCUGGGAAGGAUUUUGUUGUUGACAGAACUCCCCCGCUUGGCAAAGCUAUCUCGAAGAAGCGGAAGUUAUCGAAAAAAGUCCAGGGCACCAAGAAGCGGAUUAAAUGUAAUAGCCCUCAGAAUGAUGAAAGUGUACCAGCCGAGGAUGCUGGAAAUAAUGUGAGUAUGGAGCCAGAGGAAGGCGAUAACAAUAACACCGGGGUGUCAUCUGGUAAAUCAUCUCAGAAAAAGAAAAGGUCUUCCAAGAAAACUGGCAAGUUGAAGAAAGUGAAGGCCAGUCAACUUGAUGAUACGAUUAAAAAAACAAUCGAGUCUAUUGUCAGUGACGAGAGUGAUGAUCAACAUCAGGAAAAUGGUGCACAAAAUCUGGAAAAGAUUCGUACUUCCGAAGGCGUGAACAAGUUGACUAGCAGAAGUUCUAGGCGUAAAAAGGCCAAAAGAAAGUGGAAGCAGGAACAGGCCAUCUCAGUAAAGAAUGAGGCAUUUCAGAGCCUUUUACCUGUGAAACCCGUGCAGACUAAACCUUCACAAUCUUUACCUGUGAAAGUUACUUAUAAAGAAGCUGAAAUUGUUCCCGUAGUGGUUAAGCCAGGCCACAUUCGUUUUGAACCCCUUGAUGAAGAUGAGGUGGCUCAGGGAAUUCAUAAUCCUGAGGAAAACUUCCAGUGGAAUGGCGCCACCAACAAGAAGAAGGGACAGAAGUGGGGUCAAGAGAAAACUACAAUGUCUAGAAGCAACAAUUAUAAAGAUCCAUGGGAGGAAGCUGUUGAGAAGCUUCCUUGUGAAAGGAAGCUUGUUCAAACUUCCAUUGACUUUGAGAAGCUGAAGCCAGUAUCGAGCUUCCCUAAGGAAGGUGAUGUGGUCGCAUAUCGUGUGCUAGAGUUAUCUUCGUCUUGGUGCCCGGAGCUUUCACCUUUUCGAGUUGGAAAAGUAUCAUCAUGUGACUCUGUGACCAAUAGGGUUGUGCUGGUACCUGUUCCUGAGUAUCCAAUUGUUUCUGGCGAAAUGGAAGAGACAGAUGUACCACAAGUAGAUGCCUCCUUGUACAAUGAUGAUGGCUCUUUAGAGAUUGAAUUUGCAUUACUUUCAGAUGUGCGUAUUCUCAACUCUGAAAGCUCGCAUGCUCCAACUGAAGCUGCCAAUAACCAGAAUGAAGCUUCUGUAACUGCUAAAGAGGCAACAUCAGGUUUUCGUGUAAAUAUUGACAACAGAGUCCGUAAUAGUCAAUUCUCAGAAAAUGGAGGAUCGGCAAAUGCCUGGGAAGAAAUUAGUCAGGCAUUGAGCGAUAAGAAGACACGGCUGUCAAAGAACAAUGGCUGGAACAAAAAAGAGGGGUCGGAAAGAAGUUCAUGGUGGACGUACAGGGCGAUGAGAAGUACCGCUUUGGGCCCAACCAUGACCAGAUUGAGAGCUGGGAAUGAGCUAUCAGCUUGAUAUUUUUUGAUCAGAGACAGGUUAUAUCUGGUAGUUGUCCAUGUUGUAUCUGGUAGUGGUUGUACAUGCACUAUGAUCCUUGAGCAUACCUAUUCGUUAGACCACCUUGAUGUUCUCUAAUUGAUCAUGUAAUCAUAUUUUCCGUUCAAUCUUUGUUCAGUAGUAAAGGGGAAUGCUUAAUCUGCAGACCUGCGAUGUUCUGCAGCCUUCUAGCUUGACAUAUUAUAGAGAAUGUCGGAACGAACUUGUAUAAUGAGCCGGAUGGAUGUUUAAAAACUUUCUUCUAGUCAUUUUUUUCUUUUGUUCA